ACCGCGUGGCUCAACAGCUGAUGACGAGGCGGAAUUCGAGAGAGUCCGAAAGCUCUGAAACGUUUUCGAAGGGCCUAAAGUUCCAGACCCAGGCUACCAAAUGAGCAUAUCUAGCUGAAUGGAUUCCUAGAUCCAUCGGCGAAGCAUACGGUCCGGCGAAUCUCACGAGGCCGACAACGAUGAAUGGAGCCCUGCCAAGGUGCUUGCCCCCUUGUGUGAGGGUCGAUGUCGAGAAUCAGGACGCUGAUAGGGAGACUGCUGGACUCGAAUCGACCCACCCUCAGAACGGUGCCCCGAUGCCCUUUCAAGACGGGGAGUUGUUCGAUUUGACUUUCAAAUCCCGAAAACGACUCCAUACAGGUGAUUCCAGUGUGCCAGCGUACGAAAUAGUUUUCCAGCGUGAAGGAGGCGCCGAGGGUGAAUUCAUUGCGCCAGGGCGAGCGAUCGGUUUUAUCUGUCCUAAUGAUGAAGAUGAGGUCGAGAGAACCAUCUCCCUGCUUGGACUAGAGGGCAAUGCAGUCCUGCGUGUCAGCGCCGAGGACAACGAAGCGGCGGAGAAACGUUUCAAUCGUCAAUUCCGAUACAUUCCCGCCACGUGUACGGUCAAACAUCUUCUAACUUCUGUGCUAGACCUGAGGACGGUGUUGAAGAAGAUCUUCCUCAAGAUACUGGGGGAUUGUUGUCCCGAAAAGUCGGAGGAUAGAAGGAAACUCUAUGAGAUGAGUGUUCGUACCGAACUUUACACGAAAAAUGUUCUCGAAGACAGGAUGAUGAUUUUCGAUAUCCUGGAAGCUUUCCCAUCGUGCAAACCAAGUUUGAGCGUACUUAUCGAGAAUUUGUCGCGACUAGGACCCCGCUUCUUCUCAGUGGCAAACUUCGACUCCCGUAGGAUUCGAAUCAUCUAUCGACCGAUGACCUUCCGAUCAUGUGGGAAAGUGCUUACGGGACAAUGCUCGACCUAUUUCGAGAAAAUCGACAGGAUAGAGGAUAUUAUGCAGAGAGCUUCUGUCAGCGACAACGCUGACUCGAUCACAUCUCCUUCGGAGUCGGUGAAAUGCUACCUCCGGAGCAACGUCCGGAAUUUCUCAUUCCCUGGUGAGGAGCCUCGACCUCUCAUCUACAUUUGUCAUGGAACGGGUGUGGCACCUCUAGAGGCCUAUUUGGAUUGGUUGGAGAAAUCCGGUUCGGCCGUACAAGACUGCGAAAAGUGGCUAUUCUACGGCUGUCGCGACAUAAGCAAGGAUAGUUUACUCAGCAUCGAGAAAGCGCGAGAAUUAGGAUUCCGAGUUAUCGUUCGCGAGUCCAGAGUACUUCCAAAGCAAGGUUAUAUACAGACGGCGAUCCCGGCCUACUCAGCGGAUCUCCGACGAUUGGUGAAUUCUUGCGACGGAUCCAUUCUGAUUUGCGGAGACUACAACACCAUGGCAGCUCAGACCUUGCGGGUACUGGAAACUGUUUUCGGUGCGGGGGACGCUCCCAAAACAGUCGCCGAACUGCUUGAAGAGAAUAAAAUAAAACUCGAUGUGUGGACCUGA